GCGCCGCCGCCAUCUUGCAGGGACCUGCGGCCGAGUGGGAGCGGAGCGGGGCGGCCCUUGCUGCCGACUCUUCCCUCCUCCCGCCACGCUCCGGCCCGCGGGCUAGUUGGGCCUUCGGUCCUCGAGGCGACACGUGUGUCUUGCGUAGCUCGGGGCGCGCCUGGCCGACAUGAGUGAUGUAGAGGAGAACAACUUCGAGGGCAGAGAGUCUCGCUCUCAGUCAAAAUCUCCAACGGGAACUCCUGCUCGUGUAAAAUCGGAGAGCAGGUCAGGAUCUCGUAGUCCAUCAAGGGUUUCCAAACAUUCUGAAUCCCAUUCUCGAUCAAGAUCAAAAUCCAGGUCGAGGUCAAGGAGGCAUUCUCAUAGACGUUACAGCCGAUCCAGAUCCCAUUCUCACUCUCAUAGGAGACGAUCUCGAAGUAGGUCAUACACACUAGAAUACCGGCGUCGAAGGAGCCGAACUCAUUCUCCAAUGUCUAACCGGAGAAGACAUACAGGCAGCAGGGCAAAUCCAGAUCCCAACACUUGUCUGGGAGUGUUUGGCCUCAGUUUGUAUACAACAGAGAGAGAUCUUCGUGAAGUAUUUUCUCGAUAUGGACCCUUGAGUGGUGUCAAUGUGGUUUAUGAUCAGCGAACUGGGCGCUCACGAGGAUUUGCUUUUGUCUAUUUUGAAAGAAUAGAUGACUCGAAGGAGGCUAUGGAAAGGGCAAAUGGAAUGGAGCUGGAUGGUAGAAGAAUUCGUGUGGACUAUUCUAUCACCAAGAGAGCACACACACCUACCCCAGGCAUCUACAUGGGCAGACCAACUCAUAGUGGUGGUGGUGGAGGCGGAGGCGGCGGCGGUGGUGGCGGCGGAGGAGGAGGAGGCGGCGGCAGACGUCGAGAUUCUUACUAUGAAAGAGGAUAUGAGCGUGGUUAUGACAGAUAUGAAGACUACGAUUACCGAUACAGAAGAAGAUCACCUUCUCCUUACUAUAGCCGAUACAGAUCACGAUCCAGAUCUCGUUCCUACAGCCCAAGUAAGUCCUCUGCUUCUGUAGCUUUGUUUCUAAUCAUUAGUUUUAGAAAAUUAGAGUGUAUGGUGACUCUUACUGUAUACAAGCCAAACUAUAAUUGUCAUUUUAACUUUUUUUCUCUCUCUUUCAGGACGCUAUUGAUGAAGAGAAUAAUUACAUUUGAGGAUAUCUUUUUCUCUCGUUGUUUAAUUCUGGAUUUCCCUGAUCUUCUAAUCCUUCCUACUUACAAAGAACCCAGAAAAAAAAUCUUUGGUUUAUUUAGCGUCUACACUUUGUCAAUUGCAUUGGUGUUUUCCACCCCUUUUAUUAUACUCUUAAAGAUCUAAUUGUCAUUUUGAGUAGUUAAAACAUCGUUAGUAAAAAAAAAAAAAAAAAAGGAAUCCCCAUUGUUACACUUUGGGUUUGUUUAUUUUGUUUUUGCUUUUAUAGAAAAUUAACUUCUGGCUAAUCAAAAGAGGAAAGAAAUGAUCUUUUUAAAGCUUCCUUUUUGUUAGAUACUAUAUUAGAAAUCUACAUUUGUGACAAAAUCCUUUUUUAACUUUUUUUUGGAGAAAAUAGUAACACAUAAAACAGUGCAGUCAUGUCAGGUUUGUCUGGGGUGGCACAGAGCAGUUAAAUAGUUGAGGUAGAAAGUUUGAAGCUAUAAAACAGUUGAUCAUUUCUUUUGAAAACGAAAAUUUAGAACCUUAAAAGGGGCAUCUUUUUUUUCCUUUUUUUUAGAAAUGGAACGCUUGUGGGCUCCUGUAAAACAUUGUAUUUAAACUACAUCUGUUAAGCCUUACAAGCUUCAGUGUGGUUUUUUGUGUGUUGAACUUACUGAAAUUUAAAUAUUCUCCUAAUUAGUGAAGGAUUGCCCUUAUUAUUUAUUACUUAGAGCAAUUGUGUGCUUUGCUGUUGGAAAUCUUGGGUGCGGGGCAGUGGUUAAGCAGGCUGUUUGUAGGUUAGAGUCCUAGAGGAUACGUGUGGGGAAAAGUCACCUCCUUUCAAAUAAAGGUUAAAUUGCUUUGA